CUGCGCCUGCGCCGCAACGAGGGGUAUUGUGGGAGAUGUAGGCGACAGCAGCGGGGAUUGCUGGGAGGUGUAGGCGCCGCGCGGUAGGCCGCAGGCCUGGAGGAGGCACCGAGGCUCUGCCUGACAGCUCUGGGGCUGCAUCAGCUGCUUUGCAGGGGGAGAGAUGGGGAAAAGAUACUUCUGUGAUUACUGCGACCGGUCCUUCCAGGACAACCUGCACAACAGGAAGAAGCACCUCAAUGGGGUGCAGCAUCUCCGGGCUAAGAGAGCCUGGUACGACCUGUUCCGAGAUGCUGCUGCUAUCCUGCAAGAGGAGCAGAGCAAGAAGCCUUGUCGGAAGUUUCUACAGACAGGGCAGUGUGACUUUGGGUCCAACUGCAGAUUUUCCCACAUGACAGAGCAGGACCUGGAGAAGCUGAGUGCACAGGUACAAGGGGAGCAGAGAUUGAGGGAGCUGCAGCAGGAAGGAGCAGAAAUCCCACCUGACGCCAUUGAGAUCUGGCUGGAGAAGAGAGCCAAGAGGCUGAGCACAGUGCAGAGCAACAGGGCAGCUGUGUGUCUGCUGGUCCCGCUCCCAUCCCUGGCGCAGACGGAGGAUGAGCUCGAUGCCAAAUGCCUUUACUCUCUGCUAGUUGCCUGGAAAACACCGCACUGAACUCCUGGAGCUGGCGUUGGGCCACGUCGCCAGCCCUGCAGGGAGAGGAGGGUGCUGCUCCUCCAGAGCAUUAUGUAAAGGAGCGUGAUUAGAUUUCUUCUGGCAUAACAAUUAAAGGGAUCCAUCAGGAUCAGAGGUAGAGGCCUGAGAAGCGGCAGGGCUGCUGUCAGGGCUGCUUGCUGAAGAACAAAUGAGUUUCCUGUACCCUUUCCCAUUAAUUCCUCAGUACGUUUGCCAUGAAUUUAAACCUGCCCCGGCCGAGCACUUGCUUUGGCUGCAGACAAAGGUGCGAUGCUUCUCAUUUAGCACUUCUGCUGCCAUGUGUGGCAGCGCUGCCUGUGCUGUGAGCUGGGGGAGGAAGCCUCUUCCUUCCAUAAGGGUGCUUUGGGAGAGCAGCUGGGUUUUGGCAGCUCCAUCGCUUCCGAGGGGUCCUUGUCCUCUGGGAAGUGUGCAGCUGCCCUGGGAUUGGGGCUGCCUGGCUGCAAACCACGGCCAGGGCUGCAGGUGUUGUUCUCAAAGCUGUGCCGGGAGCUGGGGGUCAGAUCAGCCCCCAUGGGGGCGAGCAGAGGGGACUGAGCCGUAUCCCUGGGUGGUGUCCCCGAGCAGAGCCCUGCUGGCAAACCAAGAAGGCUCAGCUCUGCCUUUUCCAUCUCUGCCUUUUCCAUCCCUGCAGUGCCCUGCCUGAGAAACCCACACCCUUCCAGUACCCCCCUGGCUGGCCCCCUCUGCAGGAGCUGCCCCCAUCUCUGCGGGCUCCCCCACCUGGGGGGUGGCCGGUGCCCCCCGGCCUGCAGUGGGGCUGAGGCAUCGUGCAGGAGCCGGACUUCUUCCUAGUGUGAGAACGAGACCAGAUUAUUUAUAUAUGCUUUUAUAUUAAUAAAAUGCUCCUUCUGUUGCA